AUGGGCUCGGUUGGAGAAACAGAUCUCGCUCAGGGUUCUGCGGCCGACAUCCCUAUUGUGGAUCUUGAACCGUUCUCGUCACCGUCCAGCACCGCAGAAGAGCGACGUGUGGCUGCAGAAGAACUCGUCAAGGCAUGCAGGGAUGUCGGCUUCGUCUACAUCCGAAACCACGGCGUGUCGCAAGACGAACUCAACAAGGCAUUCCAGGUGUCGAAAAGGUUCUACGACCUGCCACGGGAGGAAAAGAUGAAAGCGCCGCAUCCUCCUGGGUGGGCUGUUCACCGAGGAUACUCAUGGCCGGGGUUGGAAAAGGUAUCAAACGUUCUCAGCAAGACCGACGAUGAAGACUCGGUCAAGCAGUUACGGGAAGUUCAGGAUUACAAGGAAAGCUACGAAGUCGGAUCAGAAAACAACCCGAACCAACCAAAUGUGUGGCCUCCAGACGAGGUCAUGCCUGAAUGGCGACCGUUCAUGACUUCGUUCUACUGGACGUGCUUCGAGGCCGGCAAAAGGAUUCUGCGUGCGUUGGCGCUGGGGAUUGGACUCGACGAAGACCAUCUCCUAGGGUACCACAGCGGCGACUACAACCAGCUCCGACUCUUGCAUUACCCGCCCAUCCCGGCGCAGGCGAUCGAAGGGGGCAAGUUUGCCAGAAUGCCCGCGCACACCGACUGGUCUACCAUGACCAUGUUGUUCCAGGACGAUUGUGGGGGAUUGCAGGUCGAAGAUCCCAAGCGGCCAGGAGAGUUCAUCGACGCGCCUCCUAUCCCUGACACUCUUGUCAUGAAUGUCGGGGACUUGUUGAUGCGAUGGAGUAACGAUUACCUCAAAUCUACGCUGCAUCGAGUCCAAUUACCGCCCCGACAGGACCGGUUUUCAGGCGACGAGAGAAUGACAAGAGCUCGGUACUCAAUCCCUUACUUCAUCACGACCGAUCCGGACAGACUGAUUGAGUGUCUUCGGUUUGACGAUGAUCAUCCGCCAAAGUACGAGCCGAUAACGCAGCGCGAGUAUUCGGCCAUGAGAGCCAGGAUGCAGUAUUGA